AUGUCCUCCCCCUCAGGGAGUAUAUCUACCAGUGGUAGAAUUAUCACCAGUAAGCAUGCUUCUAGGCCCACCACGUCUAGAGGAUACAGUGCAAGUCGAUCACGCCCGAGGACCGCAGCAACCUCGACAGGCUAUGACGAUAAUGAAAUUAUAUGUGCCAUCAGCGAAUCUCGUGGUAUAUCACCCACUGUCGGCCUUUCAUUUGUCAAUCUCUCUACUUGUGAAGCGGUUCUUUGUCAAUUUCCCGACACGCAAACAUAUGCCCGAACGUGCCACAAACUCAAAGCGUUUAAUCCUUCCGAAAUCCUGUACAUGUCUACCGCCGCUGAUUCGAAGCUCAUCUCGAUCGUGAUCGAGAAUCUGGAGGUAGAGACAGCUGAUAUUAUGAUGACAAAUAUUCAUCAAAAGUAUUGGUCGGAAAGCAGUGGCCAUGACUAUGUGCAACAAUUGGCAUUUCCGGAAGACUUGGAAUCACUGAAGUUGGCCAUUUCCGGGAGCUACUUUGCUGUCAUGAAAUAUGCAGAGCUCGGUCUCAGCACGACGUUUGUUCCCCAAACUCUUCGAAUCAAAUACGAAUCCUCCGAGGGAUCAAUGAUGAUCGAUCCUUCCACCAUCGCAUCGCUUGAAUUGAUCCAGAACCUGCAGAACAAUAAAUGUCGCGAUAGUCUGUACGGACUCUUGAAUGAAACCUUGACUCCUAUGGGUGCCCGUUUUCUCAGAAGCAACAUCCUACAGCCUUCGACGGAUGUUGAGAAAAUCAGAAAGAUACAUGAAGCUCUUACUGAACUCACUACCAAGGAGGACCUGUUCUUCUCUGUUCGCUCAGCGCUCAAAUCAUUUGUCGAUAUUGACCGUGUCCUGGCUGCUUUUGUCAUCAUUCCAGCGCGCCUUGACUUCCACUACAUGGAACAAUCUGUCAACAAUGUUCUCAUGCUCAAAACAUUUGUGGACUCAAUCAAGCUAGUCUGGCAGGCCUUGACUGGGUGCCUUAGCGAAGAACUGACAUCGAUACGACGGCUCUGCGAACCAAAAAGCUACACUGAUGUAGAAGAGCUGAUCAAGUACUGCCUUAACGACGACGUUGGGUAUUCAACCAAGCCUACAGAGCUUCGCAACCAAAGAGUCUAUGCUAUCCGAGCCGGGGUCAAUGGCUUUUUAGAUGUAGCACGACAGACCUUCACAGAGAUAGGCAAGGACGUAUUCGACCUAGUCAAUCGGAUGAGUGACGAGACCGAGAUCGACCUCGAACUCAAAUUUGACAAUGCUCGCCAAUAUUACAUCCGCGUCCGUGCAGCAGACCUUCAGAACCGCCCUCUACCCGAGAUCUUCAUCAACACAUUCAAGCGCGGCAAAUUCAUCGAGUGCCAGACCCUGGACCUGAUCAAGAUGAACCAGAAAAUGAAAGACGCGCACAACGAGGUCAUCAACAUGAGUGACCAUAGCAUCCAACAGCUGAUCGACAAUGUCCGCACCAAGAUCCAACCCCUAUUCAAAAUUGGCGAGGGCAUCGCCAUACUCGACAUGCUUUCCUGCUUUGCACAGCUCGUCACCACCAACGACUACGUUCGACCAGAAAUCACGAGCGAUAGAGACGGGACCCUCGCCAUCAAAGCCGGCCGACACCCAAUUUCCGAGAAAAUCCUACCCGGCAAUAGUAACGACCAUCCGACCUCCGCAGCCGACCGAUUCGUGCCCAACGACGUCUUUGCCACGUCCCAGACCCGCUUCCAGAUCAUCACAGGGUGCAACAUGAGCGGGAAAAGCACGUACAUCCGGAGCAUUGCACUGACAGCAGUGAUGGCGCAGACCGGCUGCUUCGUCCCGGCGACUUAUGCCUCAGUACCCAUCAUCCACAAUCUCUUCGCACGCAUUUCAACCGACGACAGCACUGAGGCAACCGUGUCGACCUUCGCUGCAGAAAUGCGCGAGAUAGCGUUCAUCCUCCGCAAUCUAACGAGCGGCUCCAUGACAUCGCAAAGUCUCGUACUCGUCGAUGAACUUGGCCGCGGCACGUCAACGACAGAUGGUUUGGCCAUCGCGAUCGCGAUCGCAGAAGCGCUCAUCGAAUCCCGCGCCUUCGUCUGGUUCGUCACGCAUUUCCGAGAUCUGCCACGCAUCCUCGCCGAGCGCGCCGGUGUCGUUAAUCUGCAUCUCACGGUCGACAUUGGCUCAGACGACCGCGACCCCUCCGACUAUACUCACACCCAACCUCAAACCCCAAAUAGCACCCUCAAAAUGCGCAUGCGCUACCGCAUCGCCGACGGGCCCUCGUCAUCGCGCUUCUACGGCCUAGCGCUUGCACGGGUCGGCGGGCUGCCGGAUUCCGUGAUCACGACAGCCACACAGGUGAGUCAGCGACUACAUGAGCGGAACGAGGCAAGAAAGCGCAACCCACGCGCCACAGCGGUGUUACGCAGGAGGAAGCUGGUGUUGAGCCUGUGGGAGCAGCUGCGCCAGGCGCGGGCGAAUGGCAAGGGGAUGCCGGCUGGCGACCUCAGGGCUUGGUUGGAACGGUUGCAGGGUGAGUUUCUCAUCAGGAUGAGGGCGAUUAACAAAGAGGUGGAGGCGGCGGUGGGGUAUGAGGAGGGGCAUGAGACGGAGGUGGACAUCGGUUUCGGUGAGGAGGGGGGUGGGGAGGUGAGUGAUGGUGGCAGCAGCAUGGUUUUGGCGGAUGAUGCUGAUGCUGAUGAUGCUGAUGGACAUCUUUAUGAGAUGCGUGGUGCUAGAGGUGAUAGUCUACUGCAGGAGGAGUAA